CGUGGGCUGAGGACUUGAAGCGCCGUGGAUGGUGGGCUCUACUGCUGCCAGCAUGCUGCGAGCCACUUGGAGGCGGGCGGCGCGGGCUGCUGCCACUGUGGCCCGGCCGAGGUUCACGGCGCCCACCCGGGGAUUGCGCCUGCGUGAUAAUGCUCUCCUUUCGGCUGUACCCUCAGAGGCAGUGCUGCGACCUCUCUAUAUGGACGUGCAGGCUACAACGCCUCUGGACCCCAGGGUACUUGAUGCCAUGCUCCCAUACCUUGUGAACUACUACGGGAACCCACACUCUCGGACUCAUGCGUAUGGCUGGGAGAGUGAGGCAGCCAUGGAACAUGCUCGCCAGCAAGUAGCAUCUCUGAUCGGAGCCGAUCCUCGAGAGAUCAUUUUUACUAGUGGAGCAACUGAGUCCAACAACAUAGCGAUUAAGGAACUAGAGGCUGCCAUUCAGCCAGAUACCAGCCUGGUAUCAGUUAUGACUGUGAACAAUGAGAUUGGUGUAAAGCAACCGAUUGCAGAAAUAGGGAAGAUUUGCAGUUCCAAAAAGGUGUAUUUCCAUACUGAUGCAGCCCAGGCUGUUGGAAAGAUCCCACUUGAUGUCAACGAUAUGAAGAUUGAUCUCAUGAGCAUCAGCGGUCACAAACUCUAUGGUCCUAAAGGGGUUGGUGCUAUCUAUAUCCGGCGUAGGCCCCGGGUGCGUGUGGAGGCCCUACAGAGUGGCGGCGGGCAGGAGCGGGGUAUGCGGUCUGGGACAGUGCCCACACCCUUGGUGGUGGGGCUGGGAGCUGCCUGUGAGUUGGCGCAACAGGAGAUGGAGUAUGACCACGAGAGAAUCUCUAAGUUAGCAGAGCGGCUGGUACAGAAGAUAAUGAGCAGCCUUCCAGAUGUGGUGAUGAACGGGGACCCCAAACAGCACUACCCUGGCUGUAUCAACCUCUCCUUUGCGUACGUGGAAGGGGAGAGUCUGCUGAUGGCACUCAAGGAUGUUGCUUUGUCCUCAGGGAGUGCCUGCACUUCUGCAUCACUGGAACCCUCUUACGUGCUCAGAGCAAUCGGCACUGAUGAGGAUUUAGCACACUCUUCUAUCAGGUUCGGCAUUGGCCGCUUCACUACCGAGGAGGAGGUGGACUACACCGUGGAGAAAUGCAUUCAUCAUGUGAAACGCCUCAGGGAAAUGAGUCCCCUCUGGGAGAUGGUGCAGGAUGGCAUCGAUCUCAAGAGCAUCAAGUGGACCCAGCAUUAGAAGAGUGGACCCGUGACUUUGUGCUGACCUGGCCCUUCCUGCCUCACUGACCCGUGUACAACCAGGAACCUUGUUACAUGCUGAGUGGUCCAUGGUCAAACCAGAAAUCGAGUAGCCCUGUUGACUUUACCACACAGAAAGUUUCCAACUGAGAAAUUCCUGGAAGUAUCUUUCCUAGCCUCAACCUCUUCCUCCAGAGGAGCUCUACUGUUGCGAUUGGACGUUCUUAGCUGGAAGCCUGGAGGCGCUGGCAGGCCACUCCCCCUAGGCGGACCUGCUGUUGGGGAGGUGGAAGAACUGCUGAAGGCUCUGUGUUCUGUGUCAGCAUCUGGAUUGGCACUCUGCUCAGCUGGACUGGCACCUGUAGCAACUAGCGUAAACAAACUUUAUUUUAAUCUUUUUUUGUGGCUUCAAAAGACAUCUCUUUACAUUGACUGCAGCCAAAACAAGUUUUAUUAAAGGCUUGUUUGCUUUGUGUUCUCA